CUUUGCACAAAACAUUAUUACUGUCAAUGAUAUGUUUUAUAUAUUGCAUUGUGUAUUUUGCAUGAGGAUGUAGAGGAAUUUUGUAUUUAUCAUGAAUAGUUAAAACAUGACUGAGUCAAUGGCUAGGCCUGGGUUCGAGUUCACUUUCCCGGGCGACUCCAUGCAAUCGCCAAAGCCCCUGUCCACGGUGUCCCCGCCGCUACUUCCGGUUAACGAUGGUGGAGGUGGUCCAAGUUGGGGGCUCAUUAUUCCAAUCAUCAUGAUAGGCCUAUUCCUGUUAAGCGUCGUGCUGUGCUUGUGGUGGCACAAGUGGCGAGACAAGCGCCAGACACUCCAGAUAUCGCGUUCCGGCAAUAGCGCGUUCAGCCGCAGCUACCGGAGCCGCGGGCCCAUGGACAGCAUCCGCGAUUCAACGCGAUCGACGACGCCACUGAGGAGUAGCCUCAACGAGAAAACUGGCUCUUCAUCUUUGAAUAACAUGAACAGGAACUCAAAUUUCGUUAAAGUGAGUAAUGUUAACGUGAUUCCCAUCCAACAGCAACGAAUGACUCCAGGGUCGGGCAAGUUCUCGUUUUACUGGGAGAAGAACCAUUGGAAGGCGUACCCUACCCCGCCAAAUACAUCUUCACUUCCGGGAAGAAUGGGAACCAAGCCGUUGUCGCCAAUCGAUGAAAUAGACUCUCCAUCAUCACUGAAGCUCUCAGACAUGACUGGGUCUUAUGGUUACAAUAUCAACUCCAAGGCAGACUUCUCGCCAUAUCACAUCGCAUGGAACACACCGGUGGAUACCGGCGAUUACUUCCGGCAUUCCUGUCCGCCGAAAAGCGGAUCCUCGCAGCCCCAAAGACGUCACUCAAGCGAAGGAUACACUCCGGCGGGAUUCAAGGGUUACGAACCAGCAGUGAACUCGCCGUUCUUUCCAAACAACAACACACCGACGACAGAAUGUGGAACCGGAAGUGAGGCGUCGAGGGAAGAUUUUAAUCACACCGGAAGUCACGGCGACCGGAGCUCCCAGUUCACUAGCUAUCCCUCCACGGUGCAGUCGGCCAGUCAACUGGGACUGUCGGUGAGCCUAGACACGGAAACGACACAUCGUACAUCGUGUCAUGACCCCUUUUACACGUCCCGGGAGGAUGACCACAGCGCCCUGCACCCGUCGUCCACCUACCCAUCCGGCGACAACACGGACCACCCGAGCACCAACCUGAGUUCCCUGCCCUCCAGUAUCGCUCGCUUCCGGAAGCAGGACGUCAUGGAGGACGUCAACAAUAACAGCGCCGAGAUCCCGGACGCGUACCUCCCAUAUCCAGGCCUCAAGAUGCUUAACUACACCCUAGCAAGUAGCGUUGCGUCGACCGAAACCAGCGGAUCGGACUACAUGUCGCUGCUUCCUAACGUAGGCAGCAGCAACACUUCCGGUUAUCCGACGACGCUGACAUCACGUCCGCAUAGUAUGGAACCCAGCGGCCAGGCGAGUCCGGAAGACUUAUCCAAGCUUGUCGAUGAGAUGUCCAGCAUACGUCCGGUCGAAGAGUCGUCGUCCGUCCGCCCGCAGUCACUACUGGAUCCGUCCUCCCGAAUCAUCAGCAUCUCGGAGAAGAGUGUGUUAGCGGACCGCCGGCACUGGAGCGCAUUGGAACAUAUGGAACGUCUGGCGUCCACCGGAUCAAUCAGCAGCCAGAACGGGUCCAUGUACUGGGACAACUUUCCUUUGCCCCAGUCCGAAAGUGGUUCCCUCCAGGGCUCCGCGCACCUGCAGGACAGUCUAUUCUUUCCAUCCGACCACACGCCCGUCCUUAUGGACACCCAGUACUGGGUUUGAACUGAGGUGACGGGCCGAUGGCAGUGUUUG